AUGUUAGAAAGAUUGAACACCAAAGAGAAACUGAUGAGAAUUGGUGUCACCCUUGACAAUUGGUGCCUCAUUUGUGGCACUAAAGUUGAAAGCCACACACACCUGUUCUUCAAGUGUGUUUACAGUAAGCAAUGCUGGUCUCACAUGGCUGCUUGGAUAGGCAUUAAUACAAUGCACUCUGACCUUGCUUCCUUGUUGCAGUGGAUUCAUAGGAAGAAGUUUUCCAGAUUUAAGAAAAGUGUGAUGUACUCUAGCAUAUUAGGUACAAUCAAUCAUAUCUGGUGUGAGAGGAACAAUGCCCUCUGGAAUGGUCAGGUUAGACUACCUGACAAAGUGUGUAGGAACAUCAAAUUUUGUGUACAUAACAGAAUUAGCAACAUUCUUCCUAGGAGUGUUAACCCUGGUGACUACAGUUGGUUCUCCAACUUGUAUGAGGGAUAG